GCUCGCGGCGGGGUUGAGUGACCCGGCGGCCGUGGCGCCGUGGCUGGAGGCGGCCGGGAGCCGGUAAAGCCGAGCUGUCUCGAGGGAGGAGCAGCGCGGGGUCGUGCCGCGGUGCCGUUCGCGGCUGUGGAAAAUGGUAUUCGAGUCCUUGGUCGUGGACGUGUUGAACCGGUUCCUGGGCGACUAUGUGGUGAACCUGGACAAGUCUCAGCUCUCUCUGGGCAUUUGGAAAGGAGCUGUGGUCCUCAAGAACCUUGAAAUUAAAGAAAAUGCAUUGAGUGAAUUGGAUGUACCAUUCAAAGUUAAGGUUGGUCAUAUAGGUAGUCUUACACUUAAAAUUCCAUGGAAAAAUCUUUAUACUCAACCAGUUGAAGCUGUUUUGGAAGAAAUCUAUUUACUUAUAGUGCCUUCUUCUAGAAUAAAAUAUGAUCCUAUCAAAGAAGAAAAGCAACUCAUGGAAGCAAAGCAGCAGGAACUAAAAAGAAUAGAAGAAGCAAAGCAGAAAGUAGUUGAUCAAGAAAAUCCUCCGGAGGAGAAACAGGACACUUUUUCAGAAAAAUUAAUUACUCAAAUCAUAAGAAAUCUUCAAGUGAAAAUUUCCAAUAUCCAUGUUCGUUAUGAAGAUGAUAUCACAAAUCAAGACAAACCGCUCUCGUUUGGUAUUUCCCUUCAAAAUCUCAGCAUGCAGACAACUGAUCAAAAUUGGAUUCCAUGUUUACAUGAUGAAACUGAAAAACUAGUUCGUAAGCUAAUCCGAUUAGAUAAUCUCUUUGCUUACUGGAAUGUGAAGUCUCAGAUGUAUUAUCUGAAUGAUUAUGAUGAAUCAUUGGUAGUCUUGAAAAAUGGUAUUGUCAAUGAAAAUAUUGUCCCAGAUGGUUAUGACUUUGUUUUUCGACCUAUAUCUGCUAAUGCCAAGCUUCAGAUGAACCGGCGAUCAGAUUUUGACUUUUCUGACCCCAAAAUAAACCUGGACGUUGAGCUACAUACCAUAGUGAUUGAGUUUAAUAAACCACAGUAUUUCAGUCUCAUGGAGCUCCUCGAGUCCAUUGACAUGAUGACACAAAACCUGCCCUACAGAAAGUUCAAGCCCAGCGUGCCUCUUCACUACCAUGCCAAAGAAUGGUGGGCUUAUGCUAUACACGGUAUUCUUGAAGUAAAUGUUUGUCCUCGUUUACGGAUGUGGUCUUGGAAGCAUAUUAGAGACCAUAGACAAAAAAUGAAACAAUAUAGAGAAUCUUAUAAGAAAAAGUUAACAAGUAAGAAGCCAUCUCCUGAAAUUCUCAUGUCUUUGGAGGAGUUGGAGAAAACCUUGGAUGUUUUUAAUAUAACCAUAGCUAGACAACAGGCAGAAGUUGAGGUAAAGAAAGCUGGAUACAAGAUUUACAAAGAAGGAGUAAAAGAUCCAGAGGAUAAUGCAGGAUGGUUUAGCUGGCUGUGGACGUGGUCAGAAUCAAAUGCUAAACAACAACUAGAAGUUAAACCUGGAAUUCUUGAAGAAAUGUUGACACCUGAAGAAAAAAUUUUGCUUUAUGAAGCAAUUGGUUAUAGUGAAACAGCAGUUGAUCCAACCUUGCCAAAAACAUUUGAAGCCUUGAAGUUUUUUGUUCACUUGAAAAGUAUGUCUGUUAUUCUAAGAGAAAAUCACCAAAAACCGGAGCUGGUAAACAUUAUAGUAGAAGGACUUAGUACUUUGAUUGUGCAAAGGCCAGGAGCACAAGCCAUAAAAUUUGAAACCAAAAUUGAUUCAUUUUAUAUUACUGGCCUUCCAGAUAAUUCAAGAAAACCCCACCUACUGUCUUCAUUGGACGAUAUGUCACUCUUCCAGAUUACAUUUGAGACGAACCCUUUAGAUGAAACUGUUGCUCAGAGGUGUAUCAUAGAGGCUGAGCCUUUAGAGAUAAUAUAUGAUGCAAGGACAGUCAAUAGUAUAGUGGAGUUCUUCAGACCCCCAAAAGACGUCCACCUAGCACAACUUACCUCAGCAACUUUGACAAAACUUGAAGAAUUUCGAGAUAAAACAGCAACAGGUUUGCUGUAUAUUAUUGAAACACAGAAAGUUCUUGAUCUCAGAAUUAAUGUGAAGGCUUCAUAUGUUAUUGUCCCACAGUAUGGAAUUUUUAGCCCCACAUCAAAUCUGCUUCUUUUGGAUCUUGGUCAUUUAAAGGUGACAAGUAAAAGUCGAUCAGGAUUACCAGAAAUGAAACCAAGUAACACUAGCCUUGAAGAGAUAAUGCAUAGAGCUUAUGAUUCCUUUGAUAUUCAGCUUACAAGCAUACAGUUGCUUUACAGCAGAGUGGGUGAUAACUGGAAAGAAGCACGAAAGCUCAAUGUAUCAACACAGCAUAUUUUGACACCUAUGCACGUCAAUGUAGAACUCUCUAAAGCCAUGGUUUUCAUGGAUAUCAAGAUGCCCAAAUUCAAGAUUUCUGGAAAAUUACCUCUUAUUUCAUUACGAAUCUCGGAUAAAAAACUACAAGGGAUUAUGGAAUUGUUUGAAAGCAUUCCAAAACCUGAACCCAUAACUGAUCUGUCUGCCCCUGCCAAAUCAUUCCAGAUUCAAGCAUCUACUUUGCCAGCAUCAGAGAUUUCUCAGAAGUUAAUCCCUUUAUUGGAACAGCCUUCUGUUGCCGAAGAUGAUUCAGAGGAAGAAUUUUUUGAUGCACCAUGUAGUCCCUUGGAAGAGUAUCCUCAAAUCCUAUCUAGAGUUAGAAGUCCUCGACCCAAAAAAUUACAAAAGAAAGAGUGUUCAGUGAAUUUAAUUCAACUUAGGAUGCGAUUUGAAGUAGCAGAGGUUUUGAUUCAGUUUUAUCACCUUGUGGGAGACUGUGAACUACCCGUGCUAGAAAUGGGUGUUUUAGGAUUGGGUACUGAAGUUGAGAUUAGAACAUUUGAUUUGAAAGCAAAUGCCUUUUUGAAAGAGUUCUGGUUAAAAUGUCCAGAAUACUUAGAUGAAAACAAGAAACCAAUUUAUUUGAUCACCACCCUGGAUAACACAAUGGAAGAUUUGUUAACAUUGGAAUUUGUGAGGGUUGAAAAAAAUGCACCCAGUUUAAAAAGUACUUAUAACAAUGUUUUACAACUUAUUAAGGUGAAUUUUUCCUCUUUGGAUAUUCAUUUACACACUGAAGCACUUCUCAAUACAAUGAAUUAUCUUAAUAAUACCCUUCCACAAUUAGGGGAACAAUCUGCCCCAGUGUCUGUUGCAGAGACUGAAGACAAAGGAGAUCUCAUUAAAAUGCUUGCUUUAAAGCUACCCACGAAUGAAGAUACUAUUACCUUGCAACUUUUGGCUGAAUUGUCUUGUUUACGGAUUUUUAUUCAAGAUCAGAAACAAAAAAUUUCUGAAAUUAAGAUUGAAGGGCUUGAUUCUGAGAUGAUUAUGAAGCCAUUAGUCACUGAAAUAAAUGCAAAACUAAGGAAUAUAAUUGUGUUAGAUUCUGAUAAAAUGGCUGUAUACAAAAAGGCUGUUUAUAUCACUGGAAAGGAAGUUUUCAGCUUCAAAAUGAUUUCUUACAUGAAUGCAACUGCUGGCUCUGCAUACACAGAUAUGAAUGUGGUUGAUGUUCAAGUUAAUUUAACUGUUGGUUGCAUUGAAGUCGUGUUUGUCACAAAAUUCCUAUAUUCUAUUAUGGCUUUUAUAGAUAAUUUUCAAGCAGUUAAAAAUGCGUUGGCUGAAGCAACUGCUCAAGCAGCAGGAAUGGCUGCUGAUGGUGUAAUGGAACUGGCUCGAAGGAGUUCUAGGCUUGCAUUGGAUGUUAACAUAAAAGCCCCUAUUGUGGUCAUCCCGCAGUCUCCAGUGUCUCACAAUGUUUUUGUUGCUGAUUUUGGCUUAAUUACGAUGAAAAAUACAUUUGUUACUGUAACAGAAACCCAGAGUAAUCUCCCACCUGUAAUUGAUUUGAUAACAAUAAAAUUGAGUGAAAUGAGACUAUACAGGUCUCAGUUUAUGACCACUGCAUACCAGGAAGUGCUUGACCUGCUACUACCUUUGAACCUGGAAGUGAUUGUUGAACGAAACUUAUCCUGGGAAUGGUACAAGGAAGUUCCUUGUUUAAAUAUAAAAGCUCAAUUAAAACCCAUGGAGUUCAUUCUUAGUCAAGAAGAUUUAACAACUAUCUUUCAAACAUUAUACGGCAAUAUAUGGUAUGGACGAGAUGUUUCUGUCCCAUCUUCUAUAAGUAAAGACAACGAAAUCAUGACUAGUGGAGCAAACCAUGUUUCCAACCAUUCAGGAGGUACCAUGGUGACAGCUGCUGUGGUGGAGGUCCACCCCCAGGCCUCUCAGGUUAACACUACUCUGAACGUUAGUUUCAGGACUGAUUACCUCACCAUGGCACUUUACAGUCCAGGGCCUGAACAGGCCUUCUUUACAGAUGUUCGGGAUCCUUCCCUGAAACUUGCUGAAUUUAAAUUGGAGAAUAUUAUAAGUAGUUUGAAACUGUAUACAGAUGGCUCUACAUUCUGUUCAUUCUCAUUAAAAAACUGUAUUUUAGAUGAUAAAAGGCCUCAUGUCAUAAAAGCCACACCUAGAAUGAUAGGACUGACACUUGGGUUUGACAAAAAGGACAUGGUGGAUGUAAAGUAUAGAAGAAUCAGAGAUGCUUUUGUGACUGACGCAGUUGUGCAAGAGAUGUAUGUUUGUGCAAGUGUGGAGUUUCUAAUGACUGUUGCACAUGUUUUUUUUGAUGCCUACAUGACUAGUACGGCUUUAGAAACCAGUGUCCAAGCAUGGACUGCUAAAGAAGAACCUGCACAGGAUUUAGGGAAGUGGGAAAUAAAUAUUCUAAUAAAAAACCCUGAGAUUGUCUUUGUGGCUGACAUGACAAGGAAUGAUGCUCCUGCGUUAGUCAUUACAACACAGUGUGAAAUUUGCUGUAAAGGUGACCCUGAAAGCAAUACAGUAACUGCUGCCAUUAAAGAUCUCCAAGUCAGAGCAUGCCCAUUUCUUCCAGCCAAGAGAAAGGGCAAAAUUACCACUGUUUUACAGCCUUGUGACUUGUUCUAUCAGGCUACUCAGAUAGGAACAGAUCCACAAAUAAUUGACAUAUCAGUAAAAUCUCUUACACUAAAGGUUUCACCAGUUAUCAUAAAUACCAUAAUAACUAUUACUUCAGCACUUUAUACAACUAAGGAAACCAUCCCAGAAGAAAACACCUCUUCCAUAGCACAUUUAUGGGACAAGCAGGAUACUAAGAAUCUGAAAAUGUGGUUUCUUGAAGAAUCCAAUGAAACAGAAAAAGUAGUUCCAUCAAAUGAAUUGAUUCCAGGAGGAGAGACACUGAACUUGAAUAUUGAUUCUAUUUUUAUAGUUCUCGAAGCUGGAAUUGGUCAUAGAACAGUGCCGAUGCUGUUGGCAAAGUCACGCUUUUUGGGGGAAAGCAAAAACUGGAGUACUUUAAUAAAUCUCCACUGUCAGCUUGAGCUGGAAGUUCACUACUAUAACGAAAUGUUUGGUGUCUGGGAACCUUUACUGGAACCCUUAGAAAUUGAUCAGACUGAUGAUUUUAGACCGUGGAAUCUUGGAAUCAAGAUGAAAAAGAAAGCAAAAGAGUCCAUCGUUGAGUCAGAUAGUGAAGAAGAAAACUACAAAGUACCAGAAUAUAAAACUGUUAUAAGUUUUUAUUCUAAAGACCAAUUAAACAUUACAUUAUCCAAGUGUGGCCUUGUGAUGUUAAAUAAUUUAGUCGAGGCAUUUACUGAAGCUGCUACUGGAUCGUCAGCUGUCUUCCUAAGGGAUCUAGCACCAUUUAUGAUUUUAAAUUCUCUUGGACUUACUGUCUCUGUUUCACCAAGUGAUUCUUUUAAUGUACUUAAUGUUCCUAUGGCAAAAUCAUAUGAGCUGAAAAAUGAAGAGAGUUUAAGUAUGGAUUAUGUACGAACUAAGGACAGUGAUCAUUUCAGUGCAAUGACCAGCCUAAGCAGCAAACUCUUCUUCAUUAUCCUCACACCUGUUAACCACUCUGCUGCUGACAAGAUUCCGUUAACAAAAGUGGGACGGCGUCUGUAUACAGUAAGACACAGGGAGUCUGGAGUUGAAAGAUCUAUUGUUUGUCAAAUUGACACAGUUGAAGGAAGUAAGAAGGUAACAAUCCGCUCACCAGUGCAGAUUAAGAAUCAUUUUUCAAUUCCAAUUUCCGUUUUUGAAGGGGAUACAUUGUUAGGAAUUGCUUCACCUGAAAAUGAAUUCAACAUACCAUUAGCAUCUUACCGAUCAUCGCUUUCUUUGAAGCCAGAUGAUAAGGACUACCAAAUGUGUGAAGGAAUUGACUUUGAAGAAAUCAUAAAAUAUGAUGGACAACUUCUAAGGAAGAAUUGCAAAUCUAUACAUGCUUCUAAGAGAUCAUUUGUUAUUAAUAUUGUCCCAGAAAAAGAUAAUUUGACUUCUCUGUCAGUGUAUUCAGAAGACGGCUGGGACUUACCAUAUGUAAUGCACUUGUGGCCACCUAUCCUCAUUCGGAAUCUUCUUCCCUACAAAAUUGCUUAUUACCUAGAGGGCAUUGAAAACACAGUUCUUACUUUAAGUGAAGGACAUUCAUCACAAAUUUAUAAUGUUGAAAUGGACAAAGCCAAGCUGCACUUAAAAUUGCUUGACUAUCUUAAUCAUGAUUGGAAAAGUGAAUUUCAUAUAAAACCUAAUCAACAAGACAUCAAUUUCAUCAACUUUACCUGUCUCACAGAAAUGGAAAAGACUGAUUUGGAUAUUGCUGUCCACAUGACUUACAAUACUGGUCAGACAAUUGUGGCAUUUCACAGUCCAUAUUGGAUGGUCAAUAAAACUGAUCGGAUGUUACAGUACAAAGCAGAUGGAAUCCACCGAAAGCAUCCACCUAAUUAUAAAAAGCCAGUUCUCUUUUCCUUUCAGCCAAACCACUUUUUUAACAACAAUAAGGUUCAGCUUAUGGUAACUGACAGUGAGCUCUCUGAUCAGUUCUCAAUUGAUACUGUUGGUAGUCAUGGAGCCAUUAAAUGCAAAGGCCUGAAAAUGGAAUACCAAGUUGGUGUCACUAUAAACCUCAGCAGUUUUAAUAUUACCAGAAUUGUGGUAUUUACUCCUUUUUAUAUGAUUAAAAAUAAAAGCAAAUACCAUAUAUCAGUGGCAGAAGAAGGAAGUGAUAAAUGGCUCUCUCUUGACUUAGAUCAGUGUAUCCCCUUCUGGCCUGAGGAUGCCUCCAAUAUUCUUCUCAUUCAAGUUGAAAGAAGUGAAGGUCCCCCCAAAAGGAUACAUUUUAACAAGCAAGACAAUUGUAUUUUAUUAAGACUGAAUAAUGAGCUUGGAGGAAUUAUUGCAGAAGUUAAUUUGGCUGAGCACUCUACAGUUAUUACAUUUUCAGAUUACCAUGAUGGUGCAGCUACAUUCCUACUAAUAAAUCAUACCAAGAAUGACCUUGUUCAGUACAAGCAGAGUUCUCUCAGUGAAAUAGAAGAUUCCCUUCCUCCUGGAAAAGCAGUAUAUUAUACAUGGGCUGAUCCAGUGGGUUCUAGAAAGCUGAAGUGGAGUUGUGGGCAAAGUCAUGGUGAAGUAACACAUAAGGAUGAUAUGAUGACCCCUGUAAGUGUGGGGAAAAAAACCAUUUAUUUAGUGUCAUUCUUUGAAGGUUUGCAGCGUAUUAUUCUAUUCACUGAAGACCCAAACGUGUUUAAAGUAACAUAUGAAAGUGAAAAAGCAGAGUUAGCAGAGCAAGAAAUCGUACUGGCAUUACAAGAUGUUGGAAUUUCACUUGUCAAUAAUUAUACAAAGCAAGAAGUAGCCUAUAUAGGCAUUACAAGUUCUGAUGUGGUUUGGGAGACAAAACCAAAGAAAAAAGCAAGGUGGAGGCCAAUGAGUAUAAAACACACUGAGAAGCUGGAGAAGGAGUUCAAGGAAUACACAGAAUCUUCACCUUUGGAAGACAAGGUUAUUGAGUUGGACAAUAACAUUCCGGUUCGCUUAACACCUAGUGGCAAUGACAUGAAAAUUCUGCAACCACAUGUGAUAGCUGUACGGAGAAAUUACCUCCCAGCACUAAAAGUAGAAUAUAACACAUCUGCACACCAGUCAUCGUUCAGAAUUCAGAUUUAUAGAAUACAGAUCCAAAACCAGAUUCAUGGUGCUAUUUUUCCUUUCGUGUUUUAUCCUAUUAAACCGCCAAAGUCUGUCACCAUGGACUCAGCACCAAAGCCCUUUACAGAUGUUAGCAUUGUCAUGAGAUCUGCAGGACAUUCCCAAAUAUCACGCAUUAAGUAUUUCAAAGUAUUGAUUCAAGAAAUGGAUCUCAGAUUGGAUCUUGGGUUUGUGUAUGCCAUAGCAGACCUUGUCACAAAAGCUGAGGUGACUGAGAACACAGAGGUUGAAUAUUUUCAUAAGGAUGUAGAAACAUUUGAACAAGAGUAUGAAACAGUUUCUUCAGUAGAUCAAUCUCAAAUCAAUCUCUUUGAGUAUUUCCAUAUAUCUCCUAUCAAGUUGCAUUUGAGUGUUUCACUGAGCUCUGGUAGAGAAGAAGCUAAAGAUUCAGGACAGCGUGGAGGACUGAUUCCUGUUCAUUCUUUAAAUCUUUUGCUGAAGAGUAUUGGUGCCACCCUUACAGAUGUGCAAGAUGUAGUUUUUAAACUUGCCUUUAUUGAACUCAACUACCAGUUCCGUACAACAUCUGAACUGCAAUCUGAAGUAAUAAGACACUAUUCAAAACAGGCUAUUAAGCAAAUGUAUGUACUCAUUCUCGGACUUGAUGUUUUGGGAAAUCCCUUUGGCUUAAUUAGAGAAUUUUCAGAAGGCGUAGAAGCAUUUUUUUAUGAACCUUACCAGGGAGCCAUACAGGGUCCUGAAGAGUUUGUGGAGGGAAUGGCGCUAGGACUGAAAGCACUGGUUGGCGGAGCCGUUGGUGGACUAGCUGGUGCUGCCUCCAAAAUCACCAGUGCGAUGGCUAAAGGAGUUGCAGCCAUGACGAUGGAUGAAGACUACCAGCAGAAAAGAAGGGAAGCAAUGAAUAAGCAGCCAGCUGGCCUUAGAGAAGGCAUCACUCGUGGAGGAAAAGGCCUGGUUUCUGGUUUUGUAAGUGGCAUUACGGGGAUUGUUACAAAACCAAUUAAAGGUGCUCAAAAGGAAGGCGCAGCGGGUUUCUUCAAAGGUGUCGGGAAAGGCUUAGUUGGAGCAGUGGCAAGGCCAACAGGUGGCAUCAUAGACAUGGCCAGCAGUACCUUUCAGGGGAUCAAAAGAGCUACAGAGACUUUUGAAGUAGAAAGUUUGCGACCUCCCCGGUUCUUUAAUGAAGAUGGAGUUAUCCGACCUUACAGGCUGAGGGAGGGUACAGGAAAUCAAAUGUUACAGGUCAUGGAAAAUGGAAGAUUUGCAAAAUACAAGUAUUUUACCCAUGUCAUGAUCAACAAAACAGAUAUGUUCAUGAUAACGAGAAGUGGUGUGUUGUUUGUAACAAAGGGAACAUUUGGACAACUUACAUGUGAAUGGCAGUAUAGUUUUGAUGAGUUUACCAAAGAGCCAUUCAUUGUUCAUGGGAGAAGAUUGCGUAUUGAAGCAAAGGAACGAGUGAAAUCUGUAUUUCAUGCUAAAGAAUUUGGGAAAAUAAUUAACUUCAAGACUCCAGAGGAUGCUAGGUGGAUUCUGACAAAGCUGGAAGAAGCAAGAGAACCAUCUCCGAGCCUGUGAAGAGGGAAUGCUGCCUGGAGGAACAGCCAUCCGUUAUUACAGUUCCCUUGCUGUACCUUCUGACCCCUGUGGAGAAUAGGAGUCAUUCCAGGGAUCCUAUGCUUUUAAAUGCCUUUAAAAAAAAAAAAUCCGGAAUCAAUUGGGUAAACAGCUAUGUGAUUAAAAUACUAGAAGGUCCAUUUAGUUUCCUAAUCUGAAUCAUGCAUCUGGUUAUGAUUCUUUUUUAUAAAAAGUGUUUUUACUUCAAGGUAUUCUCAGUAGUAGGAGACAGAUUGCUCAGUCUUCAUGUCAUACAAAAUGUGGUUUCCCAGUUAACACUGUAAACUUCUCUCAUGCUUACUUUGUUUCCCGAAGUAACGGGAAAUGAUCAGAUUAAGCACUGCCUCAGUAGUGACAUGAAAACUUUGGUAAUUUCCUCAGAAUCAUGAAGUUCUUUUUACAAAUAAAUAUUUUGGUAUUUUCCUUAAUUUAAAAAAUGGUUUGGAUUAUACUAAAAUGCAUACAUAGUAUAACUGUGAAAAACAAUCUUUUUUGAGAUUGGACAUAAUACCCCUUGAAUCACAGACUGAGAGGCUUUAAAAACUGAGUAUUGUACCCAAAAAAUGGUACAAUCCCUCCAGAUCUUUAGAGCAUUGGAAAUAUUUCCUCAGGGAAACCCCAUGGAUUUACCCAGUUUGUGUUGUUAAUAGACGGUUGUGUAAAAAAUUACAGCCUUAAUAUUGCUUACCUUCUGUUUACUAGUAAAAGAAUUUAAAAAUUCAAAAAAGAAAAGCUCUUGCUGGCAUCUUAACGCUAAUGAAUUAUCCUCUGGAAUAAAGAGCUCCUAUCAUGAGUUAAAGGACAAACCCUAAAAUCUAACCAGUAACCUAUCCUUUUGUUUUGGAUUAAGAAUUUCAGGUUUGCCUACUCUGUAGUUAUUCAGGUGAGAAACACUUAAUUAAAAAUACAGGCUCAUCGCUACAAAAGUUCCAAACUCCAUCACAGUAAAAAAAAACAAGGUUACAGGUUUUUUUCCCUCUUUGGUUUUAAUCCAAGAUCUUUGCUCUUUACUAUUACUGGACUAUUUAAAGUGAAACAGAAUGAUUGUCCAUUUGUGACCUAUAAACAGAAUGUCUUAACUGGUUAUUGAAUACACACUUGUUCAAUCGAUAUUGUAAUGUACCCAACUUGUCAUAAACUGGUGUUGAAAUUGAAGAGUCUUGUUUGGUCACUGGGUAUUUAAUCUACAGGUUUGUGAAGUCUCUUGCUUUAAUGUACAACGUGGAAUGAGUAGCAUGCGGGUCUGUACUGCAGUUGUUGCUGCCCGAAUCCCGCUGUUGUUACCAUAUGAUUUCACAGAACACAUUCAUUGAUAUUGGUGGUGUCCCCCAGAAUGCUUUCUCUGCUAAACAAGUUGAAUCAAAAGAUGACACAUCUCAAAUUGUUGUAGUUAUGUCUCCCUAAGAUGACCUUUCUUCAAGGUAAGGCGCAAGUUUUCUCUGUUGCUGAGCCCCUCCAGGUUUGCAGAUUAAACCUGCAAGGAGAGGUAGUUAGGUAUCAUCUCUGUAUCUGGAAUGUCGCUUUUCUGGCACUGUAGUCACUGCCAGUAGUUAAAUACCUCAUUAGUUACUUCUUUCAUGAUUUCAGAAAAAUUAGAUUCAUAACUCUUCAGGUAUGCCAUGGCAAAGUGCAAAAGUAAUAGCAUAGCGAUUCUGUAUCUUCUGGCAGCCGGCAGAAUGGGUUUUAUAACUGGUGCACAUACAUAGCUAAUGUGCCUGUUCUCCUUGUUCCUGUAUCAAUAAAAACCGAGAAAUAGCUCUUGUUCCUUAUAAAUCAUGUGCCUAUCAUCACUCUCUGACUGUGCACUAGAAAGACACAGGUUGUUCUAGGAUAGUCUGUGUCUAAACAACUAUGAAAACUAGGAACACUAACCACCAUUGACAUAGACAAGACAUUCACAUGACAUUUUAUAAUUUACAGUUAUGUGUUUGAGUCAGUAGUCUUUUUCAGAAUCUUUUGAGAAAAUCAUCCAGGAAUCAUAGUAUUCAGAUUUCUCCAGUAGCUUUGCUUUUGCUGUGUUUGUGUGUGGCGGGGGCGGGGGUCUUCCCUGGCAUCUGGAGUCUUGGGGUUUUCCAUGAUUUCUAUCAUAAUCAUCUCCUUCCAGUGAGUAUCACUCUGCCAGUAUCUAAUCAGUUAAAAGCAUCCACAGGUUGGUGCCCCAUUCCUACCAGGUUUUUUAAAAAAGCAAAAAAAAAAAAAAAAAAAACCCUGAAUUUCCUGUACUUUGGAUCACUGUGUUGGUUCAUUCUUUAGCUCUGCUAAUUGCUCCCUUGUAUAGGCCUCUGCAUUAUAAAGAUGAAGACAAAACGCAUGUGCCAUAUGUACUUAUAGGUGUCUGAAACUAUCAGGUCUGUCUGUCUGUGCUCCAGGCUUUUUCUUUUGUUUACCUCUGAAAUCCUCUGUGGCAGUGUUUGUCAAAUUAUAGGUCUUAACCAGUGGGUCAUGAAGUCACUCUAAUAACUAAAGACAAUCACAGGAACAAGAGAACACAUAAGAACAGAUACUCUUUCUGUUUAUAAUUUAAAAUCAUAUUUUAGUGUUAGAUUUUUUUAAAAGUGAAUAAAAAGCCUGAAAGACCAGGUGUGGCUGGAACUGCUGGAACCGUGGCCAUGCCCAUGGCUCCCCUCUCUGGAAACAGGGUGGUUUGAGUUGUUUGUUCUUAGGUAGUAAAGAGCAGGCUCAGAGCACAGUGGUCACCUUUAGGAUGAGAAGUCAGGAGAGCUCUUGUUCUACUGUAUGAAAUAUUUUACUUCCCUUUCCUCGCAGAAAAAUCUAUGGAACCAGAAAAGGCAUAGACAAUUAACUCGACAGAUGACACCCAAAAAGACCACAGACUGUGGUAGAGGUCCUUCACACAGGACCUCUAACUCCCAUCCGCCUUCUGUCUGGCUCCUCAUGCAGGUGGCAAAGAUCCUAACAAACCGGUAGCCAACCAUUAUUGUAGAACUGGAACUCACCUGCUGAGGUGCCAUACAAAUACCAGUACAUUUUAACUAAAAUACUGCAUUCAUUCGUUUCCAUAAGACCUAAGUAGAAAAGGAAGACUUGCAUUUCUUAUAUCAGAUUAAUCCAAAUUCAUCAGGCUAUUUUCCAUUGGUGCUGCAUAGAAUCACAUAUCCUUCCUCACUCUAGAAAAGAACUAGAUCUCCCUGAUCUUCUGGAUAUAUUUUUGAAGUUUAUACUUCAUUGUUAAUGCUAAAGCAUCUGAGUGUACACUAGUUGGCUAGAUUGUGGUUUUUAUGAUCUGUUGUAUGUAGUGUAGAGAGCACUAUACCCAACAGCAUGACUUUCCCCACUGACCUAGAAGGUGGUGCCUUCUUAAAUGAGAGGGGUCUGUGUCCUAUCAGAAGCCCUGCUAAUGUUUCUUCAAUUAAAACCUUUUCUAUUUAUUGCCUUUUUUGUAAAAUAAUCUCAUGUCAUUUAAAAGUAUUUUUACUUUAGCAUUAAAGGUUCUUAAUUUUUCUUAAGCAUUAUAUUAUUCUUUAAAAGAGGAAAAUUUGAUUUACCCAAAGCUUGACACAUAAGAAAUGUAACUUCAGAUUUACAGGUCGAUAUGAGUGUUUUUUAAAAUUGAUGUUUUUUUAAUACAAAUAUAAAUUUAAGGUGUAGUUUAACACCUGCAUGAUCUCUAUCAAAUUGCCUCGAUUUAAAACCUGUCACUAGAUACGUUUCUGUGACGGCAGUGCUUCCUUCUAGUAAACUGUAGCAAGGACCCUCGUGAGGCUGUGAAAGUAAAAAUGUCUAAUGACUAGAAGUGUUAGCUACAGCGGAGCGGGAUGAUGUCCUCCUGCCACCACUGUUUAAUUGACUGUAUACAAGUUGCAGUGUUUGGGCAGAAAAAUAUUUCAAAAAGCAACAUAUUAUAGCUUAGAAAGAAUAUUCUCCGUAUCAAUACACACAAGCCCACCAAUAAUUAUAAAUUAUAUGUAGGACUAAAUUAUAUUUAGGACCAUUUUUAAAUGGUCAUCUCUGUAUACAAGUAUAUUACAGUUAAUGAAAUUUGGGAGGGAAGGCGUGCUUUAAAAAUACCUUCUUGCUAGUUUUUUAAUUGUACAGUUCCAUUUCUAUGCAAUUUCCAGACUAGUGUCUAUUUUUAUAUUGACUUAAUAGUCUGUGCUUCUUUGAAAUGUUUAUUAUUAUUUGUUGAAAACAUGACCAUUGGUUAUUAUAGGUUUUAAAGUAUUCCUCAUUGCAUCAGUAUUUCCUUUUCUAUUCCUAGUAUCUCUUGUAUGUAAACAUGACCUAAUUAUCUAUUACACUGUGGUUGCCGAAGUUUUGUGUAUUUUGAUAUAGUCUUAACAUAGGCAUUUCAAAUGAGGUUCUUAUUUUUAAAACUAAUCUUAGUCUUUUUCUUUCUAAAAAUUGGCUGGAAAUACUAACACUUGAAACACUACUUAUUUCUUGGAGGUGGUGAUUGCAUACUAAAAUGACUACCCAGUGUAACCAUAUGUGAGUCCAAUAAAGCUUUCUGGUCUU